AUGCACGGCAUAAACCUCCACCGUCUCGGCCACAACGUCCGUAUCCUCGAGAAAUCGCCCAUCGCGGCCCCAACAUCACACACGGCGGGCAUCUUCCUCAGCCCGCACGCCACAGCCUUCGUCGAGCGCGUCGACCGUGUCCGCGAGAUCCCCCUCGGAUCGCCCGCGCUACCGGGGAGAUUAACUGGCUUUCCCUACCCGUCCUUUCCGACCCGGCGCAUUAUAACCUCCUGGGGCGCGUUGUACUUUCGGCUGAGGGCCAACUUUGAUGGCUUGGGUAGUGUGUAUGUUCCGCGCCCGCCGGAGAUUGUGUGUUUGCAUGGCGAGGAUGUAGAGAGUGCGAGGCGUCGGGCGAUUUAUGAGCAGGAGCAGCGGGUUGUUGAUAUAAAGGAUGGGUUUGAGGGGUUUAGCGCCAAGGUAUCGGUCGUUGUGGAGGACCUUGCUCUUGGACAGACUCGCAUCCUGCCAGCUGACCUAGUUCUCGGCGCCGACGGGAGGCAGUCAACCGUACGGGAGAUCGUCCUCGGCGCCCGCUCCUACCGCCACUACUCGGGGUAUGUGGCCUGGCGCGGCGUUGUGCCGGAGAGCGAGCUGAGCGAGGAGACGAGGGAGGCCUUUCAGGCGAGCAUCUCGCAUGUAACCAGAAGCAAAGAGCACGGCAACGCAGUCGCAUACCCCGUUCCCGGCCCGACGGGCUCCCUGUCCCAAGGAGAUCGCAGCAUCAACUUUGUCUGGUACUUCCGAGUCCCACCGCCCCUCCUGCCCUCGAUCAUGACAGACAAAAACGGCGACGUCCACCGCACAACCGUGCCUCACGGCCUGGUCGAUCCCAAGAUCUGGGCCAAGCAAGUCGCGCUUGGAACCGAGCACCUUGCACCCGCGCACGCCGAAGUCCUCUCCAGAAUCACAUCCCCCUUCAUCCACGCAAUAACAGAUUCCUACCCGGGCCCAACAAAGGCAGCCUUCAUGAACGGCCGUGUCCUCCUCGUUGGCGAUGCGCUCGCGCAUCUCCGCCCACAUGGAGGAUACAGCACGAGUUUGGCUGCGCUGGAGGCCGGGUGGAUCGGGGAGCUUGUUAGCGGGGAGAUGUCGAUUGCGGAGUGGGAGGGGAGGGUGACGAGGGUGGUGUAUCUGUGGUGGUGUCGUGGGAUCUGGCAUGGGCACUCGCUUUUGAGGGCUAGGUCUUUCUGGGAGGGUGUGGUUAGUGCGCUGUGGUAUUGGGCCGUGUUUGCGUUGGAGUUGGGGAAGGCGUAUCUUGGGUGGUAA